AUGCUUCUUUCUCAAGAGAGACAAGUCACAAGUAUGAAAAGCUUUAUUGGAAUUACGCUCGCUGUAGCAGCGACUAUAUCGGCAUCCGCCUUGGAUCCGGCACCAACCGGAGCCAGCUAUGCGUCUGGCUUUGACAUUACCAGAAGUUGGGGGAAUUUGAGCCCAUACAAGGACGUGGAUAGCUUCAGUCUCCCUAAGGGAGUACCCCAAGGAUGUGAGCUUUCGCAAGUGCACGUCCUUCAUCGUCACGCGCAGCGGUUUCCAACAAGUUCAGUCCUGGAUGGUGUAGGCAUGCAGGACUUUGCUUACAAAUUGACAAAUUAUACAAAGAAACACUCUGGAACAACUGUGGCCAUCGGCCCGCUCAAGUUCCUGAAUGAUUGGGAGUAUCUCAUUGGCGGUGACACCCUAAUGGAGACAGGUGCAGCCACUGAAGCUACAUCCGGAGCCUACUUCUGGACCAAAUACGGCCGACUCCUAUAUCGUGCUGGUAAGGAUUACGUCGCAGCCUGGAACCAUACUCUUAAUGUCUACCCUAAUGGCACUGCUCGCCCUACCCCGGUCUUCCGUACCACUUCUCAAUCUCGUAUCUUAGAGAGUGCUCGGUGGUGGCUCACCGGGUUCUUUAGCAAUAGUGGCGCGAAGGAUUCCUAUGACCAGUAUAAUCUCGUCGUUAUUCCUGAAGCCGAUAGUUUCAACAACACUCUGGCUUCAUACGAGGCCUGUACUGGCGAUAUGACUGAGGGUGAUGACGCAGCAGAAAUAUUUGUCGCUCGUUAUACAAAAGAUGCUCGCACUCGUCUUUCCACCUACCUUCCCAAAGAUUUCAAUCUGACCACAGAUGAUGUUCUGGCCAUGCAAAACCUUUGUGUCUAUGAAUACACCAGUCUUGCAGGCUCAUUCUUCUGCUCUCUUUUCACUGAGCAAGAAUGGAAAGACUAUGCCUACAACCUUGACAUCCAGUACUACGGAGACUAUGCCUAUGGUUCUCCUAGUGGUCGUGCCCAGGGCAUUGGCUACGUCUUGGAACUUGCUGCCCGCCUGCAGCAGAAGCUGAUUACCACCAGCGACACCAGCAUCAACUAUACAUACGACAACAACAUUGCUCAAUUCCCUGCCAACCAGCCCUUCUACAUGGACAUGUCCCACGAUGACAUUAUCAUUUCGGUGAUCACAGCUCUGGGUCUCAAGUACUUCAAGUUCGGUCCUAGUGGCUUGCCUGCUGAUGUAGAUCAUGCUCUCGAUCGGAAUUUCGCCAUGACGAACAUGACUCCCUUUGGGGCGCGUUUUGAGUCUGAGAUCUGGACUUGUCCUUCUGAUGUCUCCUUUGAAACUCUGGACCCCGUUCUCUACACUAACCCAAAUCUUGCCUCAACAUCUGAUACCACCAAAUAUAUCCGCUUUGUCUUGAACAGUGCUCCUCUGCCUCUUGAUGGCCUUAUCGGUUGCGAAAAAGCGGAUAAUGGGUUCUGUAACGUUGACAGCUUCCUGAAGGGUGUGCCCACUCUGAAGAACAAUGCUCAAUACCAGAAAUCAUGCUUCGGUACAUACCCCACAGGAAGUCAAGUCGGAGAUGGUGUUCCUUCCUCGUAG